GCUCCUCGCCAUGCAGCCUGGCCGGCGGCAGAGCUGACGGCUUGAACCCCGCGCUCCGCCGCCGCCCUUGCGAGACGCACGUUUGCCAGGGUCGCUCGGUUGCCGCCCCCAGUAGAUGGAUAUUGACAUGGACUACGAAAGACCAAAUGUUGAAACCAUCAAAUGUGUGGUUGUCGGGGAUAACGCAGUAGGCAAAACUCGCCUGAUCUGUGCAAGAGCCUGCAACACCACCCUGAACCAGUACCAGCUGCUGGCAACCCACGUCCCAACGGUCUGGGCAAUUGAUCAGUAUAGAGUCUGCCAAGAGGUUCUUGAACGGUCCCGUGAUGUAGUUGACGAAGUGAGUGUUUCUCUCAGGCUCUGGGACACGUUUGGAGACCACCACAAAGACCGACGUUUUGCUUAUGGAAGAUCCGACGUUGUGGUGUUGUGCUUCUCCAUUGCUAAUCCUAACUCCCUGAACCAUGUGAAGACAAUGUGGUGUCAAGAGAUCAAGCACUUUUGUCCUCGCACUCCUGUGAUUCUGGUGGGCUGCCAACUGGACCUUCGCUAUGCUGAUCUGGAAGCUGUCAAUCGAGCCAGGAGGCCGUUGGCAAGGCCUAUCAAGAGGGGAGACAUCCUGCCGCCAGAAAGAGGCAGGGAAGUUGCUAAAGAGCUUGGAAUACCCUAUUACGAAACCAGUGUCUUUGAUCAGUUUGGCAUCAAGGAUGUUUUUGAUAAUGCAAUCCGAGCAGCCCUGAUUUCCAGGAGACAUUUGCAGUUCUGGAAAUCCCAUUUGAAGAAAGUCCAGAAGCCUUUGCUCCAAGCUCCAUUUCUACCUCCAAAGGCUCCUCCCCCUGUCAUAAAGAUCCCAGAGUGCCCCAUCCUCAAGAUUAAUGACGUGGGAUACUUGCUGGACAAUCCCUUGUGUGCAGACGUGCUCUUUAUUCUUCAGGAACAGACUCAGAUGUUUGCUCACAAGAUCUACUUAGCUACCUCUUCAUCCAAGUUUUACGACCUUUUCUCGAUGGAAUGUGAAGAAACACCAGACUUGACUGAAAGCUUUUGUAGUGAAGGUAGCAAUCCCCCGACCAGAACCUGUAGCCUUGAAGCAGUUGACCAGGGAGCGGAAGGAGCAGCUGCACCGUCUUCCGCUUCGACUGAGGGCCUCCAGGCAGAGUCUGAAGCAGGAGAAGUCGCCUGCCCAAAACAGGGUCCAACGCUCUGGGGCAAAGGUUUCAUUAGCCUACAUCAGGAGAUGCAGAUUAAUCCUGUUUCAAAGAGGGUCUGUGCAGUGACGGUGGUCAAGAUGGAGGCCUCCAUCCAACCGGGACCUUUUAAAACCGUCCUGCAGUUUUUAUACACCGGGCAGCUGGAGGAAAAUGAAAGGGACCUCACCCGGGUAGCUCAGAUUGCUGAGAUCCUGGAAGUGUUUGACUUGCGAAUGAUGGUAGAAAACAUUACCAACAAGGAAGCCUUCAUGAACCAGGAAAUUACAAAGGCUUUCCAUGUCCGGAAGGCUAACAGAAUAAAAGAAUGCCUCUGUAAGGAGACAUUUUCUGAUGUGACAUUUGUGUUGGAAGAUGGAAAGAUAAAUGCUCAUAAACCACUUCUAAUCUGUAGCUGUGAAUGGAUGUCUGCAAUGUUUGGAGGAUCCUUUGUGGAAAGCUCAAACAGCGAGGUUGUUCUCCCCAACAUCACUAAGACUUCCAUGCAAGCUGUUCUGGAUUACCUGUACACCAAGCAACUGUCCUGCAGCCAGGAUUUGGACCCCCUUGAAUUAAUUGCCCUGGCCAACCGAUUCUGCCUGCCCCACUUGGCUGCACUGGCAGAGCAGCACACGGUGCAAGCACUCACCAGAACAGCCAUGAGCGGUGUAUGCAUAGAUGGAGAAGUGUUGUGUGUUUUGGAAAUAGCCCAGUUCCACAAUGCUAAGCAGCUGGCAGCUUGGUGCUUGCAUUACAUCUGCACUAACUAUAACAGUGUUUGUUCGAAGUUCCGAAAGGAAAUUAAAAUGAAAUCUCCUGAUAAUCAGGAAUAUUUUGAAAAGCACCGUUGGCCUCCCAUUUGGUACCUGAAGGAGGAAGACCAUUUCCAGCGGGUUAAGAAGGAGCGAGAGAAGGAAGAGCUGGCCCUCAAUAAACACCAUUCAAGAAGGAAGUGGUGCUUCUGGAGUUCCUCGGCUGUGGUUGCCUGAGUCGAGAGAAGGCCGACCCAUCUCGGCUCAGCCGGGGGAAAAGUUAGUUUCUAGUGUUGUUCCUGGGCACAGCUGGACUCGGUGGAACCAUCAAAGACUUUUCUCCACUUCAUUUCAACGGGUCUCUCCCCAGACCAAGGGCUUAGCAGACUGGGCCGAAAGAGACCCGAAGGUACCACUUGUAUUCCAUCUGAAUUCAGGGAUCACCAAAGGUUAGGAAGCACAAGUUCACCUCAGGAGCGUGAAUUUCUUUCUUAGACCCUCACUCUGCCAUUUUAAUAAGCUAAAACUGGCACACACACACACACCCCGUUUUAUACUCAAUAACAAGAAAUUCAGCACCAGUGUUUUGAUCUCUGAAGUGAGCCUAUUUUUAUACUCGUGAACGAGCGUUUCUGUGUGGGGUCUGUAAGGGAAGGUCUUUAAAUAAUAUGUCUGUGACAUUUUCUCUCUCUCGGAGAUUGCAAAAUUACUCAAGCCUUUAAAUCAUCUCUGUUUCUUUUCACCAACCUUUGGUCACCAUAGUGCUGAAAACAAAGCAAUGGCUUUAAAAUCUCCCUGAAAUUGCUUAACCUAGCAACGUGUCCAAUUUUGCUAGGUGAAAUGAUGUUUUUCCUUCUCCAAAGGGCUACAUUUGUAACUAUUAAAUCCUUGUUUUGUUUAUCUGAAAAAAUGAGAUCCAUUAACAACAGAAGUCAUGAGGAUUGUAAUUGUCAAUCAGCCAAAGAACACAAUUUUUUUUCAGCUAGCUGAUCAAAUAUGUAUGUUGAAUGUUUGGCCUGUGAGGACAGGAGGCAGCUGCCAUGUGUAAUUUUCUCCUUUUUAUCUAGUUCAGGAGUGAAAUUGAGGAAAAGAUCCUUUUCUCUUUCAAAUCCAACGGCAGGAACACUCUUUGGGUGGUUUCUUCAGAGCUGUCUGUGGCUUUUCUUUGGAGAAACUUCUGCAUAAUAUUCUUUGGUUCAUUAUUCAUAUUCAAAUGUGAAGGGCUCCUUAAAUGAAACAACUUCUUCCAUUUUUAUGAUCCUGCAAAAGGACAACCUGCAUUUCAGUAGCGUCGCUCUGGCCCAAACAAUCCCAUUUCUGAAAGGACGGCAUCUUAACUAAGCCGAGUAUCUUGUUGCUUCUAAAAAUGCUGGGAAAUCUUUCCUCUAAUCCCCUGACGUUUUGGUAAAUAUCUUUUGCUAAAGACAUAUAGGUAGACACCAGAUUUCCAGCAUUUUGAGGCUAUUUA